AUAACAAAAAGUAUUAAUAUUUCCAACGAACACUCAAAAAUACAUUCACAGCAUUUAGUCUUUUUAUACUAAGUUUCUCAAUACUUGCAACCAUUUUGUAAAUGGAUAGUGUCGUUCCUUUUGGUGAGACUAAUCUAUUUCUUUCAUUUUGUGUAAGUGAAAGAAUGGAUGAUCCCCAUGAGAUUGUCUCGGCUUUGACAGGUAAUUCUGUUCAUCGUCUUGAAGUGUUGGUUAUAUAAAAAUAUAAAGGGUAUAGUGAUGUAGAUGAGAAGAAAGCACUAUCACCAUUAGCUUGGAUAUGUAGUCUUUCAGUUCACUUUGGCAAGGGUAUCGCAUUAGUUGUACAGGGUACAGUCCGCGAGCCUUUUGCCUUUCUUCGUGGAAUACAGUUUUUAUCCGUAUGAGUAAAACAAGGGCAAAUAGUGCACUUUACAACUGAAUCCACCCUAUUGCCUCACUCUUAUGAUAUUACACAGCUCGCAAAACUACAAAUAUGAUCUCUAAUGAUGGGUGACCCUCAAUAAGAGGGUGUACUAAUCCCAUGUUUCUUAGUGAUGUUAUUCAACAUGCGCUCUAGCGUUUUCCAUAAAAUUGCUAGAUUACCCAAUAUGCAUUUCGAGCAUCCAAUCGUCUACAAUAUGUUUUUCUCAUUUCUGCUCCAAAAUGUUUCACUGUAGUCCGCAAAAAAGUGAAUGGAUUUAAUGACGGGAUAUUUACAACUCCGAUAGCUAUUUUCUUACAGAGCACUCUUUUUUCGCUUUAGUAUGGAUCAUAUCUCCGGGUAAGAAGAGUUAUCAAAGAGGUGGUAUUAACAUAGUGGAGAAGAAUCGCUUGUAUAACUCAAUUUCAUAAAUUUAAGCCAAUUUUCUAUGUAAACGGAUAGUAUUAAUCACUAUUCACUUGGAUGAGCCACGUGUGCAAAGUUAGUAUGUUUUCAAGAUGAUUCUAAAGAUAGUGAAGACUUCAAUAUCUGUCACUGUUGACAAGAUUGCGAUUACGCGCUCUGCGAGGACGAAUAUACCUAGCAGAGUUGCCCACAAGGGUUGUAGUGCAGCCGUACCACCCAACAUCAUUACCGAUAGCUUUGCUGUAUCAUCCAUAACACGAAAGAUUAUUGUGUCUGAUGAUCGCUUACGCCAUAUUUAUGGUAAGAUGAUUAGUACGCUUCUCAAGUAUAUAGGGUCAGUUUUGAAGACGGAUAGCAUGAAUAAUAGGGUGUAUUCUCCGGGUAAUGUACCUGGGUACCACAUGUUGGAUGUGGAAGACAGAAAUGAUCAAGUAGACAGAGCCUGA